AUGACGGCGCCGCGCGGGCUAUGGCGCUGCCGCGGCUCCUCGGGCGGCCGCGCUCGGCCGUCGUCGGCGUGGUGCACGCGGCCGCGCUGCCAGGGACACCAAGAAGUUCUCUUCCACUGACCCAGAUCAUCGAUCAAGCUUGUCAAGAGGCAGAACAUUACAGGGAUGCUGGAGUUGAUGGCUUGAUCAUAGAAAACAUGCAUGAUCUUCCUUACACAGUUUGUCCUGGGCCUGAAAUAACAGCAGCAAUGACGGUCGUUAGUGCUGCAGUGAAACGAACCUGCCCCCGUCUCCCGCUGGGUGUCCAGAUUCUGUGCGCUGCAAAUCAACAGGCUAUAGCAGUUGCUCUUGCGGCAGGUCUUGAUUUCAUCCGAGUUGAAGGGUUUGUGUUUUCUCAUGUUGCCGACGAAGGGAUUAUAAAUGCCUGUGCAGGCAGCCUGCUACGAUACAGAAAACAAAUUGGAGCAGAGAACAUUCAGAUUUUUGCUGAUAUUAAAAAGAAACAUAGUGCUCACGCUCUGACGGCAGAUGUCAGUGUAGCCGAGACUGCGAGGGCGGCUGAGCUCUUUCUGGCUGAUGGGGUCAUAUUGACUGGAACAGCUACUGCGAUGCCCGCCGAUCCGAAAGAGCUGAAAGAGGUUAAACAUGCUGUGAAGAUUCCUGUGCUGAUUGGGUCUGGAGUGACGCUGGAGAAUGUGAGGACUUACUUGGAUGCAAAUGCCUUAAUAAUUGGUUCAUAUUUCAAGAAAGAAGGUUACUGGGCAAAUGGUGUUGAUCCUGACCGUGUGAAGAAAUUUAUGGAUCAUAUAAGAAAACUGAGAGAAUGAAUUUGUUAGCAAACAGUGUAUUUGUAAAAAUGGAGUUUGAAACAUUGUUCAGAAUUAAAACACAAAUAUGCGCUUAAAGGGGUAAUAAUGUUAAAUGAAAACACACAUCAUCUCCAUAGCUAGUUGGGAAACCAGAUGACACUUUAAAAUAAACUGAUGUUUGUUUCUAGGCAGUAUAUUUCUGUGGCACUCAAAUCUACAAAACCAAACUCUGAUGGCUUGUGUAAUAUAUUCCUUACUACAAGUAAAAUGCUUAUAGAGUUUAAGAAUUUGUAGUAGCUAUUCAUCACAGGAUGAGCUGAGUUCUCUUUCACAUGUGAGUACAAUAGGACACCCUAAGUUUACAGCUAACAGUAUUGUAAAUUGGACAAGUUAAUUAGCCUUUUGGUUUCCCCAUCUGUAAAAUGAUGAUAAUAGUACCUGCAUCACAGGGGGGUUGUAAGACAUAAUAAAUGAAUGAAUGUACAGCACUUUCAUCUCUUCAAAUGAAGGGCUCUAUUAAAGUUCAAGAUCAUUAUUUUUUCAUUAGAAUUGUGCAUUUAUUAGAAAAAUGUAGUAAUUGUAUACCAUACAGAAAUUUAAGAUAAUUGGGAAAUAGAUUUACUUAUUAGAGAAUAAAUGUAAAUAUUUAAUUACAUUUUAAGUAGAGUUGGAAUUCAGUCAAAAUGUUUUCACAAAAAUUUUCUUUUAAUAAAGGCUUAUUGCUAUUUUUCAGCAACCUCCCACAGCUUUGUUCCUCUCCAGACUAGUAUUAGGGAUGUUUAAAAACUCCUUCCUAUACAAACAGGUGUAGUUAUGAUGGAAGCCUUUCUACCAAAACUGACAGGUAAAUACAGAUUUUCAUUUUUCAUUUAAAAUCUGGGGAAAAAUAUGACAGUCUCACUGUGUGUAUUAUAAGAGAUUGCACCUCAGUUUGAUCUUAAAGCUCUAAGGGAGUCUAAAAAACAAACAAAAAAUAUCUGUUGUGUUGUGGAUAUAUAAAGUGUGGACAUGUAUUUUCAUUCCUUGGGACUGAGCUAAGUUUCAGGAUCCUCUGGGAUCCUUUUCUUUUUCCUUGACAGCUAUGCAUCAGGCUUCUGCUGAUCCCAAUGAAAGGUACAUUGUACAUGUCAAAGCAAGUAUACAAGCACAUUUUUUUUGUGUCACCUAGCAGAGUGCCCAUCUUUCCCUGAACGAAAGAUACAGCCUCCUUCCAAAGACACAAGUAGAUUUUCCAGGAAAUUUAGUUUUGUUAACAGAGAAUUUCAGGCAGCAGUGUUUUGGAAUAAGUCUUCUUCUCAGGUGCUGUUUUUCUGGACCUGUCUGUCUCUUAUCUGGCUCCCAUUAGAAAUAGAUCUCUCUGGUGUGCGAGCCUCUUAGAAAACAGAUUCUUUAGACCCUGUGACAGCUUGGCAUUCUUCUACUUAUUUUGCUUUUCCUCCCAAGCAGGCUGACAGUGAAACAUAGAAAUAGAAAUCUUUUCAGGUGCCUGUUUGUUGUGGCUGGCACUACUUUUUCUAAGCCUAUAUUUAUACAGGCAUUUUAAUCUGCUGUGUGUUUGCACUUCUGUCAAACCGUGGUUCCAUCCCAGCCACUUGCCCCCACCUUUUCUCUUCUGACAGCACUUGUAUUUCCUCAUAGUGAUCAGGAAACGGAUGGUAGCUGAAAGCUAACCCAGCCUUGAAUGAGCCACAUGCAUAAAGAUAUUUAAAUCUUAUUUUUUCUGUUCCAUUUCCAGCUCUAACUUGAAGCUAUAUGUAUAGGCAGUACAGAAAUAUUUGAAGAUCUUGAAGACACUUUCUAAAUCUUUUUUUCCUUGCAUCCAUUCACCCUCUGUGUGUUUUGAUAUAUUUACCAGGUAAAGUGUUGAUCUGAUUUAUUCUCUAAGUUCUUAGCCUAAAUAAUGAGUUCCUUGUUAUGUCCUCUCUAUUGUGGAAAAAACUAGUGAAAUAAAAGAGAAUGAAUCUAGAUAUUACUAAUAUCAGUGUGUUUAAAUCUGUACAUAUUUUUCACCUUUGUGUAUUCAGGGCUAUUUUCAGGCCUUUCACAAGUUGCAUAUAUUUCCAUAGCUGAUUGCACAGAAGAUUUAAUGAUGAUUGUACAGGCACAUGUUAUCUAAGGGAAUUGUCACCAGGUUUGAAAGUUAUUUUCAGUAAACCUAUAAGCUAGAAAGACUGCUAUGUGAGCAAUGAGCACUAGUCAACACUAAAGCCAUAAGCAGAAUAAACAUUUUAAAGUAGUCAGUUGAAACCUAUAACCAAUAUACUGAUAAGGAUUGUUCAACAAUGAUAACUGUUUUUAAAGAAACUGAUUACAAUUUCCAGAAGUCACAUUUAUUGAUACAAAUGUGCGAAUGUAAGUGUUAUCAGCAUGUUUCUUGCAUGGAUUUAUACUCACACGUACCCUAAAAUCUCGGAAGUGACUAGGGCUCCAGUGGAUUUACAUCUGAAUAAAAGGGAUGGUAAGUGAAAACUACUUGAGUGCUAUAUAUAAAGGUAUAAUUGAAAUGUCAUACACAGUAGUCUUUGUAAGACAAAACCCUAGUGACUUGAUGUUGUGCUCAAAACAUGCAGCGAAUACUAUAGACAGCACUGGAAUUUUGCUAGUACUUCGUAUUAGCACACCACUGUAUAACACUUGCAGGAGGAACAGGAAGUAGAUUGAAUCUAUAUUGUUACAUAGAAACUGAACUGCAGAGUUUAGGGACUAAAAAUAAAGGAAAACUGAUUUUAAAGUCUGGGAAGGUGAUUGAUCGCCAACUCUUUAUCAUUCUUCGUGCGGAAAGUAUUUGUCUAGCAGCAUUAAGCAUCUGCUUGCUUGUUUCAUACAGAUGCUGUAAAUAGAAUUUGACCUUUUGUUCAGAAAGUGUUUGAAUAUUUAAUGUGAAAAUAUUACGUUAUCAGAAGGGCUGUCUCUUUUGGGAAGAGUGUUCCAUUUUUAUACAGCCUGAGAUCUUAAGAUACUUUGGAGCAUGAACAAGUUUAGAGCAGAACAAAGCAGGUAGUGUUAAUGUGGAGAAACUCUAGAAGUAAAUAACAGCUGUUCAAGAAGACUUAUAUUAAAUAUGUAUUAAUUAAGUUGAAGUGCAUCACUUAAAUACGUGAAGAGAUUAUCUUGUGUUAAUUUACAUUAAAACACACAGCAUUUGUUUGCUUCAUUACAGUACCCUCAGUGUAUCCUAAGCUAUCACCUCAUCCUACACUGAGCAUUUUGUUGGGUAUUGAGUGCUUUCGAUCUGCCCUUUUAAAAUGUCAGAUAGUGGCCUCCCUUUCUUGUUGAAUCUGUUCUUUAUCUCAUGUUUUGCUCUUAUGUAGUUACUAUACUUGUGUCCAUUCUGUGCUGAACAUAAACUUAAGAGAAGAAUAGAUUGUGAAAAUACAACAUCCAUUGCUCACAGCACAGUUCCCUAAUGUGCCCAACCUGUAUUUCAUGUGUAGUUCUCACUGGUAAUUUAUGAACAAACAGUAAGAAUUUAGAUAUCUAUUUACGUAGCCAAAUGAGUUCACACGAAGGCUCAGUACAACCUUUAAUACCGAAAAGAUACCUGGAAAAACGGGAUCUGUUUAGUGAAAUUAUAAAUAAGUAGUCAAUAAACUUAAUGAAAAUGAUAGUACUUUGUCAUUUAAGUGAAUAUGUAAAUCUUAAUAAACCCUCACUCAAUUCUUGAAACAUAAAUACUUUUAUCAUGCACUGGAAGUGGGCAACUUGAAGAGGUGCAGCCCAGAAAGUCAUGCUAACCUUGGCUCCCAGUUUUGGAUUUAUCUGUUAACAUUGGGCCUUCACCAUCUUAUAUCUGACUUCCAUGAAAAAGUUUUAGUUAGCCCAGAGCACUUUAGAUUUAACUGACUGGAGACUUGGAGAUAUUUUCCAGCUCUUGGGUCUAGAUAUAGGCCACCAGUCACUUUCCAACUCUUUACCAAAUCACUACCCCCUUUGCAAUGGAAAAUUACCCGUGGGCAAGGCAGGAGCAGUGAUGGGCUAUGUUAGAUCCCCCAUCUGCAGAGAGCAUCAGCCCUGCAGUUUGGACCAAAUUUUAGUGCAGUAGUAGCCUUAUUUUCUUUAGCAUCACUACUGACUUUUCCCUGUCCUGAUAGUACAGAUGAUUUUUUUCUGAACAAAUUUCAGUGCUGGAAAUACUUAAGCUUAUAAGAUUUACAGAUAAUUUUCGGAGAUGGUUUUCUUCCUUGUGCCACCUAGGCAGCUGAUCCAGCUUCUAAGCUGUUCUUUGUGGUACCAGCAUAUCAUGCCGUUAUUUUGUCUCUCCAGAUUCCCUGAUUACAAGCUGGAUUCCAGUUCUUACUUCCAGAAUCUACCCACAAACUCCUCACUGUGGGAAGACUGUAGAAUAUAAAGUGCUUGCAGGCAGGUCCUGGCAGAGCAGGAAAGGGGAAGGAAACCGAAAUAUUUUGGCAGUAAGAAAAUGUUGAAGUCCCUGACAAAUUGCUGCAUUACAUGACGUUCUUGAGAAAAGUGAAUGGGGAUGUUUUUCUUUCUUGACUGUAGUUUCAGGUUGUUUCAUCAGUUGAUUUCUAGGAUAUUGUUCCAAGAUUAUCUCUGCUGGUGUGAGUGUUUAGGAAGAUGUUUUUGCUAAAUGAAUGCUGAAGUUCUGUAGGAUAAUUGUGGCAAUAAAUGGUGAUUUCUGUAGCACUUGGAAUUCACAGCUCCUUGGUUUAGGAGCAGAUUUAGGCACAACAUACUGGUCUUCAAAAAGAACCAAUUAAAAGGUUUUCAUUCCAAAAUUUCUCUCACUUUCUGUAUCUUUGUCCCUGGUAUCCACACACUCACUAUUUACUGUACUAAAGCCAUAUCUGCCCUAUAAACUGGAGGCUCUUCAGAGAAAGAAUUGUUUUCAGCUUGUAUUUAAUGUUAUAAGCAUGAUGUCCUGGAACUGACAUAAUAAAGAACUUUUGGAACAUAGAAUUGGAGCUUAGGAACAAAA